UUCUUCUCCUCUGACCACCAAACUAGUCUCACUGUAACCAAACAAACACGAAGCCAUUUAUUUUUGUUACCACAACAAAUUGGAGACACAAACAAUGGAGCCGAAAGAGAAUGGGAAGGAACCGGGUCGGGUCAUAGAAGGACCCACAAACCCGAUGGUCACACCUCUCCUCAACGAUCUGUACCAAUUCACCAUGGCUUACGCUUAUUGGAAAGCUGGCAAACAAAACGAACGAUCCGUCUUCGAUCUGUACUUUCGUAAGAACCCGUUUGGCGGCGAGUACACUGUCUUCGCUGGGUUAGAAGAGUGUGUCAAGUUCCUCGCCAAUUUCAAAUUGACCCAUCAAGAGAUCGAUUACGUUCGUGACUCCUUGCCUGGAUCUGAGGAAGCUUUCUGUGAUUAUCUGAGAGGGCUUGAUUGCUCCGACGUUGAAGUCUAUGCGAUUCCUGAAGGGACUGUUGUUUUCCCUAAGGUGCCUCUCAUGAGAGUUGAAGGACCUGUUGGUGUUGUUCAAUUGUUGGAAACUCCGUUCCUCAAUCUUGUCAAUUUUGCAUCUUUGGUAGCUACCAACGCAGCAAGACACCGGUUUGUUGCCGGCAAGUCUAAGAGUCUGCUUGAGUUUGGUGCUCGGAGAGCUCAGGGACCUGAUGGCGCAAUAAGCGCAUCCAAGUAUUGCUAUCUUGGAGGUUUUGAUGCAACAAGCAAUGUAGCAGCUGGAAAACUUUUUGGGAUACCUCUCCGUGGCACACAUUCCCAUGCUUUUGUUAGCUCAUUCAUGAGCACUGAUGAGAUUGUUGACAAAGUGCUUCAGAGUGCUGAUGGGGAAACCACAUGUGAUGACUUUAUUAGUCUAGUUCAGACAUGGCUAACAAAGAUUCAGUAUUCACCUUCUCUAAGUGGCUUUUUCUCUGAGACAAAUCAAAGCGAGCUAGCAGCUUUCAUCUCAUAUGCACUGGCAUUCCCCAAAGCCUUUCUUGCGCUUGUAGAUACAUACGAUGUGAUGAAGAGUGGGAUCCCUAACUUCUGUGCAGUUGCUUUAGCUCUGAACGACUUAGGAUACAAAGCAUUAGGUAUUAGACUGGACUCAGGUGACUUAGCAUAUCUAUCAACAGAGGCCAGAAAUUUCUUCUGCGCAGUAGAGAGAGAACUUAAAGUGCCUGGUUUUGGGAAGAUGAUCGUCACCGCUAGUAAUGAUCUGAAUGAAGAGACUAUCGAUGCUUUAAACAAACAGGGACAUGAGGUGGACGCUUUUGGUAUUGGGACUUACUUAGUCACGUGCUAUGCGCAAGCUGCCUUAGGCUGCGUUUUCAAACUUGUGGAGAUAAACAAUCAGCCUCGGAUCAAACUUUCUGAAGAUGUUACAAAGGUAUCAAUACCGUGUAAAAAGCGAAGUUACAGAUUGUAUGGAAAAGAAGGUUAUCCACUAGUGGAUAUAAUGACAGGAGAGAAUGAGCCACCUCCAAAGGUUGGUGAGCGUUUACUGUGUCGUCAUCCUUUUAAUGAAUCCAAAAGAGCAUACGUAGUGCCGCAACGUGUUGAAGAGCUCCUCAAAUGUUACUGGCGUGGAAGUGCUGGUGAAGCAAGAGAAGAAUUACCACCAUUGAAAGAGAUACGAGACCGUUGCAUCAAACAGCUUGAAAACAUGCGACCUGAUCAUAUGAGAAGAUUAAACCCUACUCCUUACAAGGUUAGUGUCAGCGCGAAGCUGUACGAUUUCAUUCACUUCCUAUGGCUCAACGAGGCACCUGUUGGUGAAUUACAGUGACAGACCAAGAAGAAGAGAAUUGCAGUUACGACAAAAAAAGAAGAAGAUAAUCUUGUUUUGGUUGGAGUAAUGUAUAUAUCAUAUACCACAUCAUUAGAACGUGCAAUAAGAGUUUUUUUCACUUAGUUUUUGUUUGUUUGUUUUGAUUGAUUUCAUGUAUUUUUGUCGUAAUAAGUUCACCUUCUUGACGAGGAAAGAAACUUUUUGCGCUCA